CCCGACUUGGCUUCCAGUUCCUCCUCUCCUCACAAUCUCCUCGCGUCGUCGCCGCCGCCGCCCGCAACCCGCGCACUGAUUCGGUUCCUCUCACCCACGGCGGCCGCCGCCGCCGCCCGCAACCGAUAAGCUUCGGCGCGGCGGAAGCGGCAGGCGGAAUUCCACCCCCUUCAACAACCCCCAAUUCGAUUCGAUUCGGUUGCGAGGUUAGGUCCGAUCCCUGAUUCGGUCGGAAUCGCGCCCAAUUUUUCUCUCUCUCUAUAUAUAUACUAGGGUUUGGUCGGUUUCGGUGCGAGGAUCUAUAGCUUUGGCGAAGAAAUUCUCCUGGAAUUUUGCGGGUUCACGUCGGUUGCUAGGGUUUGGGGGCGAGCGAGUCAUGGCUGCGGGUAGCCACGGGGGUUACAGGGGCUACGCGGUGGCGAGGGAGCGGGAGCACGACCUGGGGGUCUCUAGGAGGAGCAAGGAUUACUACCACCACCGCCACCCGAGCCGCCACCGCGACUCGGAACGCCGCCGUGACGGCGGGCGCAGCAGUGGCCGGGAGCUGUUGAAUGGGCACAGUCACCGGCGUUCGCCGCAUCCGCCAUCGAGGAGGUGUUCAUCAGGAGGGAGGACGGAGGACAGGGAGCCCGGGGAGGUCUCGAGCGGGAGUGGUUCAGAGAGGUCCGGGGAGCCCCCACUGAAGACCAGGGAGCUGAGAGAGAAUGGUGUCGCAAGAAUAAGCAAGGAAGACACGAAGACGUCCCCAAGUAAGAAGAGGAAGCAAUCUCCAGUAGUUUGGGAUCGGAAUGGUUUAAAGCUGCAGGCCCGACACCCUGUGGGGGGAGAGGUAGAUGCUGUAGCUUCUGAGAUUGUUAUGCAUCAGUCGCAGUCCUUGCCUGUCACGAGCUCACCAUCCAGCGUAGCAGAUGGACACUCGCCAAUGAUUUUGGAUGUGUCAGUUGAUUCACGCAAGCCACAGGAGCAUGAGAAGAGUAUGAUCGUGGACGAUGAGGAAGAGAAAUACCCAACAAUGAGAAACAUUCUGACCUCAAGAUGGGCAGAUGCUGAUGACGAGGAGGAAAAAGUGGUUGUGCCCAAGAAAAAGAAGAGUGUGUCACCUAUGGACUCGAUUGAACAAAGGUUCACCAAAAAGGUUACAAGCCCCGAGCUUGGAGAGUUGCUGGUACCUAAUUCAGCUGGAAGCUCCUCAAGGUCAUCCGACUCAGGGGUAGUACAGGGUAGUGCAAGCAGGGACCUUGAAGUGGAGAAGGUUGACAACGUGCAUGCUGAGGAGGAGGCUGGUGAUGAUUAUCCUGCCGGCCAUUUGCUGGAUUCUGAUUCUGAAGGUGAUGUGUAUAGGUCUGGAACUCCUGAGUGUACACGGUCACCACGCAGGUGCAUUAACAUGCUUCAGGGUUGUAGGAGUGUUGAUGAGUUUGAAAGGCUCAACACAAUCAAUGAGGGUACGUAUGGAGUUGUAUUCAGGGUGAGGGAUAAGAGAACUGGUGAGAUUGUUGCAUUGAAGAAGGUCAAGAUGGAGAGGGAAAGGGAAGGCUUCCCACUGACCUCUCUCCGGGAAAUAAAUAUCCUACUAUCAUUCCACCAUCCUUCAAUUGUAGAAGUCAAGGAAGUAGUUGUUGGCAGUAGUGACAGAGAUAUUUUCAUGGUUAUGGAGUACAUGGAACAUGAUCUUAAGGGUGUCAUGGAGACAAUGAAACAACCAUAUAGUCAAAGUGAGGUCAAAUGCUUGAUGCUUCAGCUAUUAGAAGGCGUGAAGUAUCUUCAUGACAAUUGGGUGCUUCAUAGGGAUCUGAAGACAUCUAAUCUUCUCUUGAACAACUGCGGUGAGUUGAAAAUUUGUGAUUUUGGGCUCUCUCGUCAAUAUGGCAGCCCGUUAAAGCCUUACACUCAGCUGGUAGUGACUUUGUGGUACAGGGCUCCGGAACUACUUUUAGGAGCGAAGGAGUACUCUACUGCUAUUGAUAUGUGGUCGUUGGGCUGUAUCAUGGCAGAACUCUUAUCAAAGGGGCCAUUGUUCAAUGGGAAAAGUGAGAUAGAUCAACUUGAUAAGAUAUUUAAAACACUUGGCACACCUGAUGAGAAUAUAUGGCCUGGUUAUUCUAAAUUGCCUGGUGCCACUGCUGUCAAAUUUGGCAAACAAACGCACAAUAGAUUAAGAGACAAGUUUCGAGCUGUAUCCUUCACUGGUGGGCCGAUGUUGUCAGAAGCUGGAUUCGAUCUGCUAAAUAGAUUACUGGCGUACGACCCUGAAAAGCGUAUAUCAGCAGAUGAUGCCUUGAAUCAUGAAUGGUUUCGUGAGCUGCCUCUGCCUAGAUCAAAGGAUUUCAUGCCAACAUUUCCUGCUCUAAAUGAGCAAGACAGGCGCUUCAAAAAACAUAUAAAGAGCCCUGAUCCUCUGGAAGAACAGCGGAUGAAAGAACAGGGGAACAAUGGAGAUCGUGGCCUUUUUGGCUGAGCUUGAACCAUUAAUUUAGGUCUGCUGUGGAUGCCAAUUUUUCCAUGCGGAAUCAAUGGAAGUGCAUAUCUUCCAAGGUGAGAUGUCCACUGGAAUGAAGUACCUCUUCUUGGUGGCUGUGACAACUGAAUGGUGUUGUUUAGCAGGCAUGGGUGCAUUUUGAAGGGGAAUAACAUGUCUCCUUAUGUUCCAUGCUAGCCAUUAUAUCAUUGCAGGGUUGCUGGGUUAGCUCUUUCUCAAACUUCUGGUCACAAUCUAAUCCACCAAUCUAAUACCUGCAUAUAAGGUGUGCAGAUCUAAUCACCUGCAGGAUCUGGCCUAUUAAAUUUCUAUCUGGUGCACCGGUUUGCUUCUGAAACUUCUGAUUGUAAAGUUCCUUAGAUUGAUAAUGUGUAAACAAUGAUCAACAAGAUCUUCUCUUGUUUCUUCUGUGCAUUUAGCACAUUUUCUUUUGAUCUUUGCAUUUUGUUUGCAAGAGAUGGAUGGAGCAAAGAGGGAGGGUGCAUUUUACUUUUUGACGAGGAAACUGGGUACAUUGUAAUUGUAAGCUUAAGCUGUGGCUAUACCGAGACAGGAAGCUUGUGGAAGGCCUCGAGUCUUCAUCUGUUACUGUUGUGAAUUAUAGUGCAACAAUGGACCAUACUCAGAGGUGCGGAGGCAGCAAGGUUUCUGUCUCCGUCUGGCGUCUGUGACCAUUUUUGUAGGAGCGGAGCUCAGGGACUAUACUUGUUUCCGAUGCUGCACUGUAGCUUCUGGCAUUUUCCAUUUUGGCAGAACAUGAGGAAAGGUUGCAUGAUGCCGGAGCGUGAGCGUCUACUUUGUUGUAAUAAUGAUUGGUCGUCUGUAUCACUGUAUGGCUGUAGCUAGUAGAAGAUAAAUCAUCGAUGGCUAAUGUUCUGUCUGAAUUAACAUCA